AUGGCGUUUAAAUUUGUUGCAAUCGUAGCACUGCUGGCUUGUGCCAAAGCCGACUAUCUUCCGACCGAUCUGCACUACGCUGGAGUUUUCGGUUAUGGAUCAACCAUUGCACCAGCAACCCUAACGCAUGGUUCGGUUCUGUCCGGAUAUUCGCCAGCAGCUCAUCUUGUGGAGCCGCUCGCUCGAGCAUCGCACCGCAACCUACUGAAUGGCUUCAUUAAUCCAGUCCCCUUAACCCUCGGUGGAUCACUGCCUGAGGGCAAAACUACGCUCAGUAAAACCUUCGUCUCCACUCCAACGUACGUCACUAGCCACGUGUCAAACCGGGUACACACAAACGAGCCGAAAGCCCUAAUUAAUAGCCAUGUUUACGGGUAUGACAAGAAUGUUAUCAACGCUGUCGAGGCACCCUUGGCUUACGCUGCUUACUACGCUGGUCCAAAUGUUCCGUAUGGGGCUGCCUACGGACAUGUAUAUUGA